AUGUUUGUGGCGAGGCAGACUGCAUCGGGUGACAGGACAUCGCACCGAACGAGGACGAAACCAUCUCAAGACGCCGUGUUCGAGUUGAAUACGUAUCUUGACACAAGAGACUUCGUUGGAGCUCUAACACUUCUACGAGUUUUAGGACGACAAAUUAGUGAGCAAGCAUCUGCUCAAAAUGUGAAAGAUCUUGCGUCGUGGCGCUUGAAUACGUGGUGGGAAGCGUAUUGUCAUUUUCAUAGUGGGAAUUUUGGCGCGGCAUUGUCACAUUUCGAGCAGUUAAUCGAAGCUGGAGAAGCCACUGCAACAGACCUAAAGAGUUGGCGACUGAGUCGUGCCUGUUGCUUGUUCUAUCUGCAAAACUUCGAGGACGCCGAGCACACAGCUCUGAGCAGUUCUCGAAGUGCUUUGUGCAACCGGCUGCUCUUCCUCCUAGCGCACAAGCGACAACACAGCGAACAGACUUUGCUGGAUCGAUAUCAACAGCUUUCUCGAGAUUCGGUCGAAGACCAAUUAGCAAUAGCAGCAGCGAGCUUUACGCAGAAUAAUUUUCAGGAGGCUGCUGAGAUUUACAAGAGGUUACUCGCUUCAAGUAAAGGCAGUCAAGAGGGCGGCUCAGCUCUGCAUGUGUAUCUAGCACUGUGUUACUUCCGUCUGGGGUACGACGAUGUUGCUCUCGAGCUGCUGGCAGUGUAUCUAGUUGGCCACCCAGAUAGCUUCUUCGCAACUAACAUAAAAGCGAGCUGCAACUACCGUCUGUUUAACGCACGGGAGGCAAAAUUGAUUCUCGAUGACUACGUGAAGCGAUUCCCCAAUCACCCCAGUGCUCAAGAAGCUCUCGCCUUGACAGUAAGCUCGACACGUUCGGAGUCGUCGAUUACCGAUGUGAUGCAGCAUAAUCUCGCCAUUUUCCGUGUGUCAGAUAGAGACACGAAUGGUACCGAGAAUCAAGGUAUAGCGGCUGAAGGGAUCUUGAGUUCCUUAGUGGGGCAUCUCGAUGAGGCCCAGCUGAACUUGGUGUUGCUUCAUCUUAAACGUCGCGAAUACCACAAAGCAUUUGCGUUGAUGGAAGAUAUAGAGCCACAGACUACAGCCGAACGUGCAAUUAAAGGAGUUUUGCAUGCAGUAAUUGGGGAACAAACUCACUCCAAGGAGCACAUUUUUCUAGCUGAGAAAUACUUCCAUGUUGCGGGGUCUUCGUCUGAUGAUUGUGACACGAUUCCUGGUCGCCAGUGUAUGGCAUCGUACUUUAUACUGCGAAGGGAAUUCAGCGAUGCAAAUGUGUAUUUGAGCUCCAUUGCAACGUAUUUAAGUACUGAUGAUGCCUUCAAUUGGAACUACGGAGUGGCUUUGGCCGCGACAGGUGCCUAUCGUGAAGCGGAGGAAGUGUUACUGCGAGUUCAAAACCCAAAGUUACGAACUCAGUUGGUAUUUUGUGGUUGGCUGUCGCGUUGCUAUAUCCAUGUGGACCGUGCUGCUCAGGCGUGGGAAAUUUACCUCAAAACUGAAAAUUCACAGAUUGCAUUUGCACUUCUCAAGCUGAUCGCUAAUGACUGCUACAAGACGCAACAGUUUUACUACUCCGCUAAAGCUUUCGACGUGUUAGAGAGGUUAGAUCCCGAUCCGAAGUACUGGGAAGGUAAACGAGGGGCUUGUUUAGGAUUCUUCCGACAAGUUGCUACAGGACAAGAAGAUUUAAGUGGUGGAACUCUUACGCAUCGAUGCGAUGAGAUUCUCAAACGUUUGGGUAGCUCGAAAAACGUACUGGAAGCGACAAAACUCGUGGCUGUCAUACAAAAGUGGACAUUGUCCUUCCUGUCCAUAGGCAACUUUUGA